AACAAAAAAACAAAGCAUUUUCCAUUUUACCACUAAUUUCAUAAAAAGCGAACGACGUCUAGUCCCGCAUUAUAAUACCUCGCCUGCACCUUCAGCCCAGGAAGUAAUGAUCCAUAAUACGCGCCGACCCCCAUAAAUAAUGCAACGGACGUCCAUCGUCAAUCAAAUACACGAUGAACCUGUUAUUUUCUUUUUCGAUCUCCGGUAAAAGAUUGCGAUCGUCCCUGCGUUUCGCGUCAUUCGUAACACUCCCUUGACAAAUAGAUUAAAAGCAAAAACUAAGAAGAGAGAAUAAACAAACAGCAAGAAAUUAAGAACGCGAAGCAACUAUUGUUACAGAGUUUCACAUGAUACGUAAGUGACAGUUUUACACGGUUGACGAUCAAACUGAAGGAACAUGCAAACGGAACAAGAGUUGGACAUAUCGAUGAGAUUGUCGACUUUCUUCUUAAGGCACAUUGGCCUAUGGAUAGCUAAUGAUCCUGCAGAUGAACGCCGGAUGAAAAUUAUAUUCACCUACACAAUGUGGAAUUUGAUAUUCGGCAUGAUCGUCUUGAGCAGAGAUUUGUAUUUUACUUGGUUCUACAAUGGCGAUACGCUUUAUGCUCUUGCCAAUACUAUGAGUUUGAUACUGAGCUCAGUCAAGGUAUGCGUUAUAGUGAUGCACAAAAAGGAAUUUAUGAAUCUCGUCGUGUACAUGAAACAACAUUUUUUCGCUGUUAAAUACGAUCUUCACGAGAAAGAAAUUUUGAAUAAUUGCAAAAAGAUUUGCGCCCUUUUCAUCUCUAGCGUUACCACCAUUGGAAUAUGCGCUAUACUAUCUUAUAUAACCACGCCGUUUAUUGUACAAAUUGGAAACAAUGAAUCUACAAGGGAACUUCCAUUUAAUAUGUGGAUAGGUCUUUUAUCACAAUCUCCUUACUAUGAAUUAAUAUUUUUUGCACAGAUUAUGAGUCUAUCUUAUAUAGGAAUCUGCUACUUUUGCUUCGAUAAUGUUUUCUGCGUCAUGGCCAUACACUUAGGCGGUCAAUUUCGGAUACUUCGAUAUAGAUUUUCAGAACUGUGUAACAUAAAAUAUCAAAUAAGCGAGCAAGAUAAAACGUCGAUACCGACGGACUAUGUAGACAGAACUUACGAGACAUUUAGGAAGUACGUUCAACAACAUCAAGCACUGAUCAAUUAUUACAGUACGCUAGAAAACGUGUACACGGUGAUUAUACUUAUACAGGUGCUGGUAUUUAGCGUGUUAAUUUGCCUGUUCGGUUAUCAAGUGUUAUUGGCUAAUACUAACUCUGCAAGACGUUCCAUUUUCGUCUUCCUCCUAAUCGGCGCGUUGUCCUUAUUGUUUAUGUUCACCUAUAGCUGCGAUGAUGUAAUAGAACACAGCGAUAACGUUGCUAUAGGAGCAUAUUCUGCGCUGUGGACGAUUAUGCCAAUGAACAAACAUGGGAAGAUGCUUCGAAACGAUUUGAUAUUGACAAUAGAGCGCUCCAGGCGAGUCUGUUGUUUGACCGCAAAUGGAUUUUUUCCUGUGUCGCUGGAAACUUAUACUAAGAUUUUGAGUACCGCAAUGUCAUAUUUUACAUUGUUAAGUAACAACGUAACCAAAAAUGAAGCAUAAUUAAUAACAAACGUUUCCAAUUAAUUCAGUGGACACGGAGCGCUUAGAUUGUCUGGAUGAUUGUAGGAAAUCGUACGUAUAGGUUUUUUAAAAAAGAAGACAGAAAUAAAGAUUAUCUUUUCAUGUACAGAAUCUCAGGCGUACAAUUACUAAAUACCUUGUAACGUGACCGUAAAAUUUCAUUCGUUUGCAAAGUAUCCAAAAAUACAAGAAAAAUCAUUUUUCGAUUCAUUUUAUCACAUCACAGACCAAUCUAUUACUAAUGUAACUUCAACUCGCAAAAG